AUGUUGUCCAGUACGAAAACAGAAACACAAACACCCGAUGAGUCGAAGAAAACGGUCUUCGACUACAUCAUCUGCGGAGGCGGAACGGCCGGUUGUGUCAUCGCUGCGAGAUUGGCAGCAGAAACAAGUGCGACUGUGCUGCUGAUCGAGGCUGGUAGGGAUGCCAGCGAGUCGCCGGAUGCGCUCGUACCUGGAAAGUUCGUGCACCAGCUGUUCGGCGGAGAUAGUGAUGGGAUCUGGGCGAUGCCCAGUGUGCCGCAGAAGCAACUGAAUGACCGACAGAUUGUGUUUCUCCGAGGAAAGCAACUUGGCGGUACGUCGGCAGUCAACUAUAUGGCCCUCGCGCGAGGUCCAGCCGCCGAUUACGACGAAUGGGCUCACCGAACUGGGGACGAAGCGUGGAAAUGGAGCAAUAUCCUGCCGUUGAUGAAGGAGCUGGAAGACUUCAAACCACAGCCGCCCCCGGGAUUCGGCCAGUAUGCAGACCCGGACCCAGCCAACCACGGUGUCGGAGGACCGCUCAAGAUCGGUUUCGGAGAUGUCAUGACUCCUGGGGUCGAGCGGUUUUUCCAGGCUUGCCACGAGACGGGCAUUGGGUUCUGUCCCGACAACAACUCGGGAAACCCGGUCGGGGUGGGCCUUGCACAGUUCAACAACGGCGGAGGCAUCAGAUCGUAUGCUGCGAACCGCUUCCUCAACACGGAGAAACAGCAACAACUGCCCAAUCUCCAGAUCAUCACCCGUACUUUGGUCAACAAGAUCAUCUUCAGUGACGACACGACGCCCCGGGCGGUUGGUGUGGAAAUCAUCGAUCAAUCCAGUGGGAGAGCUUGUCGCAUGUACUGCCGGCAAGAAGUCAUCAUGUGCCAGGGGACAUUCGGAUCCCCCCAAACAUUGAUGCUGUCAGGGAUUGGACCGCGAGAACAUCUCGAAAGUUUCGGCAUCGACUGUGUGGUAGAUAAGCCUCAGGUGGGUGCGAACAUGCUUGAUCACAGCAUCCUCACCCUCGAGUACUUGGUCGACGACGACAACAUGGCUCAUAACCAGAUCUUUGAAAAUCCGGAGCUGCUGGCUGAAGCCGACGCGAUGUAUGCGAAAGACAAGACAGGCCCGCAUAAUGUCUUUGGAACCAGCGGGACAGUGGCUUUCCCCAAGCUCGAGGGAUUGUUUGAGAGCUCAGAGUUCCAAGAUCUCGACAAAGUGACUCAAGCAUACAUGUUGGAACCCACUCGACCUAAUGCGGAGAUAUGGCUAGGAUCGGGCCCAGUGGCUUUCCAAGGAGAAUCUCAGAGUGUCUAUAUGCAUCACGAACUGCUGCUCCAAAACAACCUCUCCCGUGGCACGGUUCGUCUGAAGUCGGCAGAUGCAAAAGACCUCCCAGAGAUCGACCCUCAUUUCUUUGAGCACCCAUACGACCAGCGGAUCGCCAUUGAGACCGUCAAGCAGGCCAUGAAGAUCGGACAGGCCGACGCUUACAAGUCGUAUGUUCGUGAAGUGGUGCAUGGGCCGAGCAGAGAUGAUGACGAGACCGUGCGCGAAUUCAUCCGCCACCACCUGGGUCAAGGCUAUCAUAGCAUGGGCACCUGCAGAAUGGGAUCCCGCGAUGACACUGAGGCCGUUGUAGACCAAGACUUUAGGGUCAUUGGCGUACAGGACCUUCGGGUGGCCGAUCUUUCGGUUUGUCCGGUUCUGACCUGCAACCACACUCAGAUCAACGCCUAUCUCAUCGGUGAGAUGGCCGGUCGAAGGCUAGUGCAAUCGUUUCACGCCAGCGGAAGUAGGUUGUGA